AUGUUGGCUUCUUCAGAUAGCGAGUUUCCAUUUGGAAAAUGGGUCCAUGUUGGCUGUCAGGACUCACCUGUACACUUAGCUAUUGACAAGCCAUCUCCUUCUGACAUAGAAGAAGGUAGUGAUGGUAUCUGGAGUAUCGUGGGUGGAAAGGCAUCGUGUCGGAGGAACUUUGCGUUGUUGCUUCACUUUUUGUAUGCUAACAGUGGGUCACUGGUGGAGAAAACCAGUGAUGAUGAAGCCCCGCUGUUGACAAGCUAUGAUGGAAUCGAAUUCGAUUCCUAUGAGAAACCUAGCAAAUUAUUGCAUGGCCGCGCUUCUUUUAAGCUCAAGAUAUCUCAGCUUUCAUCCAAGUGUGAUAACAGGUUGUUCCACGUGAGGUUCAACAUACCACAGGCUGGAAAUUAUCCUUUCUUAGAGGCUUUUUCGAAUCCCAACCGCUGUAUUUCUCGCAACCGCAAUGCUAGAACAUCUCAGAUAAUUUGGAAGAGGCCGGCAUCUGGCAUUUUACCAGUUAAGUGUACUCUAUCUUCCAAAUAUGAAUCGCCAGAACUCGAGCAUAAUACCGUACGUGAAGCAAAACUUAGUCCAUCAUCAAAAAGGGUUAGAUUGGGAAAGGCUGAUUAUUCCUUUCAGCAGCUGGAUGACGAAUGCAACUCUAACAUCCGUAGUGAUUUUAAGGAACAUCAGCAUGCCCAAAUGGAAAAUUUUAUUGUCGGAAUGCAGGACAUGUUCCUGUCAUUAUAUUUUCUUCGAGAGUAAAUGAUGGCAUUUGUGGU